AUGUUUAAAUUAGAUGUUCUUAUUGAUACAUCUGUAUUACCAUCUAAUAUAAUGUUAUUACGUGAUGAAAAGUUUAUUGAUUUCGUGAAAGAAGAAGCCAAUGAUGCUGCUGCUGAAUUACUUGAAGUACAAGGUAUUAAUUGUGUAAAGUCAUUGUUGAUGACAGCCGAUGUUUUUGCAAUUAUGAACGUUAAGAGUAAAAGUCUUGAUGAUUUAAAAAAAAUAUGAUUAUGUGCUAGAUGAUAAUACAUUUGUUGUGCAACCUGGAGUAAAAGGAAAUAUAGAAUAUCUUAUUGAUUUGUUAAAACAAAAA